AAAGAUUGCAUUGGACAUUUCAUAUUUACAGAAGAUAAAACCUUAAAUGUUUUAAUUCCUGAGCAUGUCCUGAGUGAAGGAAAUGGUGUAAUAUUAUUGGAGAUAACUGAAAGGAUGACUCUUCCUCCUUUGGUGCUGUGUUCGCUUGAGUCAGCUGCUCGUGUAUAUCCUGAAUGACCAGUGGCUUUUUUCAUGAAGGGUCUGCCUGGCAUUAAUUCAACAGAUUAUCAAACACAAGCACGCAGAAAAUUUCCAUCUCUCUCACCUUAUGAAAAUAUCUACUUCUUCCCUCUUAGACUGGAUGAAUUGAAUGCAGGCACUCCUCUUCUCAAGUGGUAUAAAAAGGUUAAUCCCAAGAUGGAAAGAUAUUGGAUUCAUGUAAACUCCGAUGGUUUAAGAUUUGCAUCCAUAUGGAAAUAUGGCGGCUUAUAUCUCGAUGCUGAUGUAAUCUCAAUGCGACCCAUUCCACAUGAGAAAUUUCUUGCAGCAGAAACUUUAAGUGUUUGCAGCAGUAGUGUUUUUGGACUUGAUCGCCAUCAUAACUUUACCUGGAAAUGUAUGGAAGACUUUGUAAAAAACUACAAGGGAGAAGUAUGGGGAUAUCAGGGACCAUCCCUCUUUACACGUAUAAUGAAACAGUGGUGUGUACUGCCUCCAUUUAAAAAUACAGAAGAUGUCACUUGUGGUAAUAUCCCCUACUUAAACCCUCAACGUUUCUAUCCUAUUCCAUGGGAAGAAUGGGAAAGAUACUAUGAGGUUUGGGAAGAGUUACCAUAUUUUAAUAACUCCUAUUCUUUGCAUCUCUGGAAUUAUAUGAAUAGAAAAAAAGAAAAAAUGGUGGUUGUUGGAAGCAACACACUUGUGGAACAUCUUUUUCAGCGCUACUGCCCAACAACCUAUGCAUCCCUAUUAAAUAAUGUAAUUUUUCAUAGAAAACCACACUCUCCUUUAAUCUCAAGUGCUUAACGGUCUUAAAGUGGGCAAAUCCUCAGUCAAGCAACAGGCAAAAGAAAGUGAUGGUUCAGGCACUCAAGAUUAGGUAACAAGCAGAUUUAUUAUAAAAACACAUCAUCUGCGGUUCUCCAAUAAAUCUGCUUCUUACCUAACUUUGAGUACCUGGACCAUCCCUUUCUUGCCUACUGCUCAUAUGUAGAGAUCUGUUUAUUAAAUAUUGUGGUUGGUUAAAGUGAAAAUAAAAUAAACAAGCAAUGAUCUUUUAGCUAUAAUGGAUAAUGUAUGCAGUUAGUUUGGUUUAUAUCUGCUUCUAAUUUGAAAAUAAUGUCUCUAGGUGUUCUUUGAUCUAGUACAUUGCAAUAAGAUAAUUAUUCAACAUAUUUUA